AUGAGCGAUGUCGUGGCGAGCGGGGACGACGACGACGACGACGGGUCCUCGCGACUGGGCCAAACGCGCGUGCAACGCGCGGUCGAUUCGUUGCGAACGAAGACCUGGCGCAGGGCGAAGAAGAACUUUAAAAAGCUGCCUCUGGCGUUGAUUUCUCUGCUGGUCGGAUUUUCCGUGUGUGCGCUGCUACCUCAUCCCGAAAGCCCGCAAGACGCGUUCAUUUCGUUCACCAUAAUCUUGCUCGCCGAGUUCGCCUCGAGCGUGCUCUACGGCGACGAAAACCAAGGCGGGAUUUUGCGUUGGGUUCGCGAGGGCGAUUGGCUACCGACGGUUUUAAAUUGCUUCAAGAUUGGUGUUUUAUACGGUUUAUUCUGCGAUGGUUUCAAAGUCGGGUCGUGA